CUGGGCUCGGCAGACUCCUCGCUGCCUCCCACAGUAGCGGCGCUCCCUCCUCCGGCACCAGACCGCCCUGCUCCUCCCGGCCAGGCAGAGGGCGCAGCCCAAGCCUCAGCAGCCGCCGCCGCCGCCGCCGCAUCAUGCAGCAGCCGCCGGCUCCAGCGGCUGCCCUUCUGCUGGUCCUGCUGGCGACCGCCUCCUCUCAGACCCUGUUCCACAGAACCCGAGAGGAGGCUUCGCAGUUCCUUCGCCAGAGGCACCGACGAGCCUUCCAGGUCUUCGAAGAGACCAAGCAAGGCCACCUCGAGCGAGAAUGCGUGGAAGAGAUCUGCAACAAGGAGGAAGCCCGCGAGGUGUUCGAGAACGACCCUGAGACGGACUAUUUUUACCCGAAAUACUUGGCAUGUAUUAAUACGUAUGGCUCAAGAAGUCCAGAUUUCCAUACAUGUGUGCAUAAUCUGCCAGAUCAGUGUUCACCUAACCCAUGCCAUAAAGAAGGUACUAAAACAUGUGAAGAUAAGAAGGGUACAUUCUUUUGCCAUUGCAAAGGAGGGUGGCAAGGAGAAAGGUGUGAAGUAGAUAUUAAUGAGUGUUUGGAGAAGAAUGGUGGCUGUCAGCAGACCUGUUCAAACAAGAAAGGCAGCUAUCGCUGUUCGUGUCAUACUGGCUAUGCUCUUCAGAAAGACAACAAAACUUGUGAAGAUAUAGAUGAAUGCAUGGUAUCACCGGGCAUUUGUGGAGAGGCUCAGUGUAAUAAUUUUAUAAGUUCCUAUUCAUGCUUUUGUGAUGAAGGCUACAAGUAUGACGAUGUGAGAAAGGUUUGCCAAGAUGAGGACGAAUGUGCACAAAACCUUUGUGAGCAAACCUGUGUCAAUUCACCAGGAAGUUACAGCUGCCACUGUAAUGGAAGAGGAGGAGUUAAGCUUUCCAGUGACAUGAAUACCUGUGAGGAUAUUUUGCCUUGUGUAUCUUUUGCUGCUGAAAAAAGUAUUAAGUCACUCUACCUUGGAAGAAUGUUUAGUGGCACACCUAUUAUCAAACUACGUUUUAAAAGGAAACAACCCACAAGACUUGUGGCUGAGUUUGACUUUAGAACCUUUGAUCCUGAAGGCAUUAUUUUUUUUGCUGGAGGCCAUAAAGAUGGUACAUGGAUAGUCUUGGCUUUGCGCAAUGGCCGGUUAGAACUGCAGCUGAAGUACAAUGGAAUAGGCCGUGUCACCAGCAGUGGGCCAAUUAUCAACCAUGGAAUGUGGCAGACGAUAUCUGUUGAAGAACUAGAGAGAAGUUUGGUUAUAAAAGUCAAUCAGGAUGCAGUUAUGAAGAUAGCUGUCUCAGGAAAUCUGUUUAUUCUGGACAAAGGACUAUAUCAGCUACACCUAACAGUGGGAGGAAUUCCUUUUAACACCAACCAUCUUGUACAGUGUAAAAUUUUGUAUAUGCAGCUGUUGUCUCAGACGACACAACCUCACAACAGUAAUGAAACCAGGAAGAAAUGGGAAGUAAAAAUAAACUUUCUGAUUCGGCCAGCUACAGAUACUGGGGUGCUUUUUGCCCUAGUCAACAGUGAAGCAACAGUCCCUUUGUCAGUUGCUGUUAUUGAUUAUCAUUCUACAAAAAAACUUAAGCAGCAGUUUGUUGUUCUGGCAGUGGAGAACACAGUGGUUUGCAGACUGGCAAUAAACAUUUGCGAUGAGCAGGAGCACUUGGUUGACAUUGCCAUCAACAACAGUCAAAUAUUGCUCACUGUGGAUGGGACUGCAGGACAGAGCGAGCUAAGCAAUUCACAGCUAGAAGAAAACCUGGCCAUCCUGGAUGAUUACCUACAGUCAUCCGUAAAGACCUACGUGGGAGGAUUGCCAGAUGUUCCUGUCACUUCAACUCCAGUCACCGCUUUCUACCAUGGCUGCAUGACGGUGAAAGUCAAUCAGCAAGCUCUGGAUCUGGACGAGGCCCUCUACAAAUCCAGUGAUAUCACAUCUCAUUCGUGUCCUCCAAUAGAGACUGAUCAAUAGAUGUGAUUGAAACCCCCAAAGUUUUAUAUUAAAAAACCCUCCCAAUGCUUUUAAAUAUAUAUAUAAAGAUAUAAAUUAUUCAGACUUCCAGCACUGUGUGUAUAGUUCUCUUGAACACUGAAGUUAUGUAGAGCUACUGAAACUCAAAUGUCAGAUUAAUUAUUGAAACAUUUCUUUGCUUUGGAGAGUUUCAAAUGUGUAAUAUAUUUGUAAAUAGUUCAAAGGACUUAAUAACCCAAAGCUGCAAACGAUUGCCUAACGGUGAGUAGUUAAGAGACAGAUUAUAUCUGUCAUGUUGCAACUGGUAAUAUAUUCUGUGCGGACUGGAAGAUUUAAAAUAGUUCUGUAUUUUUUUAUUACCAAAUGCUGCUUCUUGAUUUACAAAAUAUGUAAGAAUAA